AUGGAAGACGUCCUAUCUCGAGCCUGGGCACAUGUAAAGUGUGAAAAAGAUGUCGCCAGCCACGCCAAGGCGCAACGCAAGAAAGAGCCCAAGAUGAUUAGACCUGACCGAGCCGAGCGAGAUGAGAAACCCUCUCAAAGACCAGGCAUGGACUCCGGAAAUCAGAACCGGCGAGACCACAGUCACAAAACGGAGGAUUGCGUCGCACUAAAGAUCGAGCUCAACGAGCUGCUUAAGAAAGACGGAGUGAUCCAUGUCAUAUCGGGCGGUUCGGAAAUCAGCGGCAUAAGCCAUGCAGCCGUGAAGAAAAGCACCUGGAACGCUAAGCACGGCCUAGAGGCAGACAAGCCAAAACGCCUGCUCCUAGGAAUGGACGAAAUAAGCUUCACGACCAAGGAGCAGGAGAAAGUUCUCACCCCGCAUCACGACGCCCUGGUCAUAUCGCUCACCGUAGCGAACUGCCUGGACCUGGGGCUGGAGGAAAUCGCUCUAACUCGGAGGAUACCCCCCCUUAUAGGGUUCAGCGGGGAAGUCGAACAAAUCGCCGGGGAAGUAACCCUCCCCGUAUACGCUGAAGGAGUCAACACGUCAACCAAGUUCCUCGUUGUCGGCUGCGACUCGUCUUACAACAUGAUCCUUGGACGGCCUUGGAUUCACGGCAUGGCGGCCGUCCCCUCGACUCUUCACCAAAUGGUGAAAUUCCCUGCACCCUGGGCAUAA